AUGACGGAGGCUGUUAGAAAAUAUCUUGGGCAAUGUGUUGAAGUACAACUAACUGAUGGUCGCUUGAUUUCUGGAGUACUCUGUUGUACGGACAAGGAUGCAAACUUCGUUUUGAACAGAGCUGAAGAGAGAUGGGAGUCUGAUGAGCAACCAAGGCAUAUUGGGAUGGCCAUGAUAGCCAAACGACAUGUCUCCAAAAUGGUGUUAUUAUCCGACUCGUUCGAACAUUCACCGUUCUUUUGA